AAAAAAAAAGCUCCAUUUUUCUUUUUCAUUUUUAUAUAUACUCCCAUUUUAUAUAAUUUAACGUAAUCAAGUGUAUACCCCUAAAUCAAUAAUAAUAUAGUUAAUGGACAAUCAACCAUCUUUUCCUUAUGAAUUAUUUGUUCAACAAAACCAAGAUGAUAACAAUAACGACAAUAACAGUAAUGCUGGUGAAUUCAAUAAUAUAGAAUUUGAACGUUUAAAUAUUUUUAAACCAACAACACUUGAAGUAAUGGAUUUAUUAAAUGAAUCCGAUGCAGAAGAAGACGAUAUAAACUUUGAACAUAAGAGUACACCUAGUUAUUUUAAUCAAGAAGACGAUGAAGAUUUAAAAUUGAGUUCUGAAAAAACAACUAGUAGUUUUAGUAGUAAUCGUAGUUAUAAAAGAGAUAGUUCAGCUUUAAAAUUGGAUCAAUUUUCACCUUUAAAAAUGGAUGAAGAUUCAUUAGAAAGAAGAAAUAGUUAUAAAUCACCUUUAAGAAGACUAUCAACUUCUAGUAGUGGUACAAGCAGAAAUGUAAAAAGAAAGUUAAUGGAUUCUUCUCCAAGCCCUUCUUCAAUUCAUAUUCGAUCUUCGCCUUUAGUAAAAUCAUCACCACCAUUUGGCUAUAGUACGCCUACUAUAAGUAUGAUAUCUACACCUACUGAUGCUAGAUCUUCUGCUUCUACAGGUAGCAGUAAUGAAGGCUUAUUUCAAUAUAAAAGAGAAAGCACCUUUGAUUCACUUGAACAUAAUGUUUCUGCCUUAAAAAUUGGAAUGGAUAAUGCAGCGACAAAGAAAUAUUCACCUAUUAUACGCGAAAAUCGAAAACCAGAUUAUAUCGAUGCAAUACAACAAUCUUAUCAAUCUUCUAACGCUACUCCUGCAUCCCCAAGGCAACUUCCAUCUUCUUCUUCUUUUUCAUUUUCAUUUUCUACUACAUCUACGCCUACUCCUACGCCUACACAUUUAACAUCAACAAGGAAUAAAAGAAGAGAUAAUCAUAACUUCGCUAUACCAAAUACUACUAUAACCAAAAAUAAUCAACGCAUCUCUAAUGACUUUCCCCCUCCUCCCCCUCCUCCUCUAUUUUCACAGCAAGAAGAUAGACAAUUUCAAGUGUCAGGAACACCUACACCACCACGUAUAGGGGAACAGGUGAUUAUAAAUAAUCAUUAUUAUACUAUUUUAAAGGAUAUUGGAAAAGGAAGUUCAGGACAUGUCUUUCAAGUAGUAUCACAUACGUAUUCGCAUAUUUAUGCACUAAAAUGGAUCGAAGUGAAAAAGGAAGAAGAUAGAGAAAAUGUGAUAGAUGAAAUUAAUAUAUUACACAUAUUAAAAAGAGAAGAAAGGAUUGUUUCUCUAUUAGAUUUUUGUAUAACUGAAAAUGUCAUUUAUUUAAUUAUGGAAUUCGGUGAAGUUGAUUUGGCUCGUUUAAUUCAAAAACAGGCGAUAACAAAAUGGGACCUUAAUUUUAUAAGAUUUUAUUGGCAGCAGAUGUUAGAAUGUGUUUAUGCCAUGCAUAAUAAGAACGUUGUUCAUUCAGACUUAAAACCAGCAAAUUUUGUUGUAGUCAAAGGAUGGUUAAAGUUGAUUGAUUUUGGCAUUGCAAAGGUUAUGUCUGAUGAUACUACAAAUAUUCACCGUGAUAAUCAAGUAGGCACAAUUAAUUACAUGUCACCGGAAGCACUUUCUGACUCAAAUGAAGGUAGAGUAGGAAGGAAGAGUUUAGUAAAAUUAGGUAGACCAAGUGAUGUCUGGUCUUUAGGCUGUAUUCUUUAUCAGAUGGUAUAUGGGAAAACACCAUUUUAUGAUCUUCAGUUUGCACAAAAGAUCCUUUCUAUAAGGGACCCAACUUAUGAAAUUAAAUUUCCGGAAUUUGUAAUAGAAAAACUUGACAAAACAAGCUCUGUUGAACGCCAGAUAAAACUUCCUUCAACCCUUAUUCAACUACUAAAAAAUUGUCUAAAUCGUAAUCCUGAUUUACGACCUCCACUUACAGAACUUUUAAACCAUCCUUUUGUAAAUAAUUAAACAGUUAUAUCACGACUCUCAUUUAUAUAUAUAUAUGUGUGUGUGU